GUUUGAUUAGCUUUAUAAACAUCAAAAUAUUUAAUUUUAUAGCCUCAUUUUUGCAUAUCCGUACUAUCAUUCCUGAAGAAUAUUUUUUUAGAUGUUAAAACAUACGACAAUGCAAUGAAAAGAAAAAUAAUGGUCCACAGUCCACAAAUGCCUUCACAUGCUAACACUUGAAAUGUCUCAUUUAGAAGCUAAGAAGCCAUCAUUGUGUAACAGUGAGCCACUGACAAGUGAAGGAGUCAGGGCCACACUUUCUGUGUGGAGAGGAAUCAUGUCAUCAUGCUAUGGCCCUUCAGGCAGGCUGAAGCAGCUGCACAACGGCCUUGGAGGUUAUGUGUGCACGACCUCACAGUCUGCAGCCCUGCUUCGUAACCUUUCAGUCACCCAUCCCAUACUAAAGAUCCUUGUGACUUCCGUGCAGAAUCAUGUGUCAUGCUUCAGUGACUGUGGCUUAUUCACAGCCAUUCUCUGCUGCAACCUGAUUGAAAAUGUUCUGAAAUUAGUCUUGACACCCACCACUGUCAUUAAAUUAAAUAAACAUCUUUUGCAUCUCUGCAUCAAUUAUCUGAACUCCGAGGCCUGUGGCUGCCGAAUCCCAGUUGACUUUAGCAGCACUCGGAUCCUCCUGGGCUUGGUGCGCAGUGUGCUGACAAGUAAACCUGCCAGUAUGCUCACCAAACAGGAGGUUGAUCAUAUCAGCACUCUGAUACUGAGAACUUUUUUGCUUACAAUUCCAGAAAAUACUGAAGGCCAUAUCAUUUUAGGAAAGAGUAUAAUCGUACCUCUAAAAGGUCAAAGAGUUACAGAGUCUACUGUAUUACCUGGAAUACUCAUUGAAAUGCCAGAAGUGCAAUUCAUGAAGCUGUUACCUAUCAAAAAGUCAGGGGCCCUCAAGGUGGCACUCUUCUGUACUACUUUAUCCGGAGACCUUUCUGACACUGGAGAAGGAACCGUGGUGGUUCCUUGUGGGGUUUCUCUUGAAAGUGCAGUUCUGGACCAGCUGCUCAACCUAGGAAGGCAGCUAGUCAGUGACCACGUAGAUCUUGUCCUGUGCCAAAAAGUCAUGCACCCGUCUUUGAAACAGCUGCUCAGUGUGCACCAAGUUAUUGCCAUAGACAGAAUUGGAGUGACCCUGAUGGAAUCUUUGAGUAAAGUGACAGGAACACAGCCUAUUGGUUCUCUAGGCUCAAUAUCAACUAGUAGUUACGGAAGUGUGAAAAAUUUGCGUACUGCAAAAUUUGGCUCCAAACAUUUUUUUCAUCUUAUUCCUGAUGAAGGAACAAUCUGCAGUUUGCUUCUCUGCAACAGAAACGAUAGUGCCUGGGAUGAGCUGAAGCUCACAUGUCAAACAGCACUGCAUGUCCUGCAGUUAACAAUCAAAGAACCCUGGGUGUUACUGGGAGGUGGCUGUACCGAAACUCAUUUGGCUGCAUAUAUUAGACACAAGACUCGCAACGAGCCAGAAAGCAUUCUCAAAGGUGAUGAUGGAUGUACUCAAACGGAACUUCAACUAAUUGCUGAAGCAUUUUGCAGUGCUCUAGAGUCUCUUGCUGUUUCUUUAGAACAUGACGGUGGCGAAAUUCUCACUGACAUGAAAUAUGGACACUUUUGGUCAGUUCAGGCACAUUCUCCCUCUGCUGUGAACUGGUCAGAUUUGCUUUCACGGUGUGGCUGUGGAUUAUACAAUAGCCAAGAAGAACUCAGCUGGUCUUUCCUAAGAAGCACACGUCUUCCUUUCACACCACAAACCUGCCUUCCACGUGAAGCUGUGGACUCCAGCAGCACCCUGACUGUAGACUGUUUGACUGCUAAGCUUGGCGGCCUCCAGGUGGCUGUAGAAACAGCCAAUUUGAUUUUGGAUCUUUCAUAUGUCAUUGAAGAUAAAAAUUAAUAGAAUAGCAUAUUUAUAUCACAAACAAGCUAGUCAGGUGUCAGUUAAGAAAAA